CUCCUUGUAAGUGUAUAUAAACAGAGUCAGUAGUUCACAAACAUAAAAACCCUUCAGCAAAAAUGAAGUACAGAGCUUUUUCAGUCUCCUUUCUAUGUCUUCUCUGUUUUGCAACUGCAAAAACCCUAGGUAGUCUAAAGAGAGGAUCUUCUCUUUCAGUGGAGGAUGAUUCAGAUUUCCUAACCUCACCAGACAAGUCUUUCACGUGUGGGUUUCAUGGGGUUGGCACAAAUGCCUACUGGUUCUCAAUUUGGUUCACAAGCUCAAAAGACAGGACCAUUGUUUGGAUGGCCAACAGGGACAAGCCAGUCAAUGGCUUGGGGUCUAGAGUCUAUCUGAGCCGAGAUGGCUCGAUGGUCUUGACUGAUGUAGAUGGAGCCAUCAUCUGGAAGAGCAGCACCAACUCGAGUACCAGUACUGUUGCUGAAAGAGCUGAGCUUUUGGAUUCUGGCAACCUUGUUCUGAAGGACCCCAGUGGUAAAAUUCUAUGGCAAAGCUUUGAUUUUCCUACUGAUACUUUGCUCCCAAACCAACGCUUUAGAAAGACCAAUAAGUUGAUUUCUAAUUUGGGAAGAGGGGAUUUUGGUACUGGCUAUUUUAGUUUCUAUUUUGAUAAUGAUAAUGUUUUGAAGUUGAUGUAUGAUGGUCCUGAUAUUUCUAGCUUGUACUGGCCUGACCUUGAUUAUAGUGUGUUUCAGAAUGGCAGAAAUGCUUAUAAUAGUAGUAGAGUUGCAGUUUUAGAUGAACUUGGUAGUUUUUCGUCUAGUGAUGAACUGCAAUUUAGUGCUUUUGACAUGGGUUUGAGAGUGAAAAGGAGGUUGUCGAUGGAUUAUGAUGGAAAUCUAAGACUUUAUAGUCUUAAUAGCUCAACAGGAUUGUGGAUAAUCACAUGGCAAGCGAUGGUGGAGCUUUGUAAGGUUCAUGGGAUAUGUGGGCAAAAUGGGAUUUGUAUAUAUACACCAGGGCCAAAGUGUUCAUGUCCUCCUGGCUAUGAAGUAGCUGAUCCAAGUAACUUAAACUUGGGCUGCAAGCGUAAGUUCAAGAAGCGUACAUGCUCGAAGUCCCAAGAAGAGAAAUUUGUGCAGAUUCCGCAAGUAGAUUUCUAUGGAUUUGAUCUCAAUUUCAGUAACACAGUUUCAAUUGAUGAUUGCAGACAGCUCUGCUUGGGGGAUUGCCGGUGUGAGGCAUUUAGCUAUAGGCUAAAUGGGGAAGGGAGGUGUUACACCAAAAGUGCUCUUUUCAAUGGCUACAAGUCUCCAGAUUUUGUGGGCAGUAUAUACUUGAGAAUGCCUGUGAGUGUGGAAGCACCAUUACUAGUCACCAGGCUCAAUGCCCUGGAUUCAUGUAAGAGUACUGAGGCCCAAAAAAUGGGUUCUGCUUCAAUGUAUGACAAUACUAGUAAAAGGGUAAGAUGGGCAUAUCUGUAUUGGUUUGCUACUGCAGCUGGUGCAGUUGAAAUUCUCUUCAUACUUUCAGGUUGGUGGUUACUUUUCAGAAGACAUGGCGCUAGAGCUCCUAUCGAAGAUGGAUAUCAUGUGAUUUCGAGUCAAUUUAGAAUGUUUCGGUACGCUGAGCUCAAGAAGGCGACCAAAACAUUCAAGGAAGAGCUGGGAAGAGGGGCUUCUGGGGCUGUGUUUAAGGGUGUUCUGGAAGAUGAGAGAGUGGUUGCUGUGAAGAAAUUGGCAGACAUUUAUCAAGGUGAAGAUGUGUUUUGGGCGGAAGUAAGCAUAAUUGGUAAAAUCAAUCACAUGAACCUAGUGAGAAUAUGGGGAUUCUGUUCAGAAGAUAAACACAGACUCCUGGUGUCUGAGUUUAUUGAAAAUGGAUCACUAGACAAGCACUUGUUCCCCCCAAAUUUUCUUGGAUGGCAAGAAAGGUUUAAAGUUGCAAUAGGGGUUGCAAAGGGUUUAGCCUAUCUUCACCAUGAGUGUCUAGAAUGGGUUAUACAUUGUGAUGUGAAGCCUGAAAAUAUACUCUUAGACAGUAACUUUGAGGCAAAGAUUGCAGAUUUCGGGCUAGCAAAGUUGACUCAGAGAGGCAGCCAGAGCUCUAUGUUCUCAAAAGUUCGAGGAACAAAAGGGUAUAUGGCCCCGGAGUGGGCUCUAAACCUUCCAAUCACUGCGAAAGUGGAUGUUUACAGUUACGGAGUGGUGAUUCUAGAGUUGGUGAAGGGCAUUCGACUUUCGAAUUGGGCAUUGGAGGAUAGCGAGGAGCAAGAGGCAGAGCUGACUAGGUGUGUGAGGAUAGUGAAAAGGAAGAUUCAAUGUGGAGAAGAUUCAUGGAUGGAGGAUAUGUUGGAUCCAAGACUAAAAGGGCAGUUCAGCAGGAAACAAGCAGAAAAGAUGGUUGAGAUUGGUAUUUCUUGUGUGGAAGAAGAUAGGAGCAGAAGACCAACAAUGGAUUCAGUAUUACAAGAUUUGCUAGAAUGUGAAGGUGAGUCCUAUGUGCAUCUGUAAAAAAAAAAUUAAAAAAAAAUUUGGCUACAAGUGCAUAUGUAAUUUUACUUGAACUGAAUCCUGUAGUAUUUGCCAUUAUGUCUUUAGCAAAAAAUAAAUUACUGAAUCUGAUAUUGUUAAA